AUGCUGACAUCAAGCAGUCAAUCAAAAACACAAACAACUCUGAGGAAUGCCUCUGGUGGCAAGCGAAAAAUCGAUGAUUACUUUCCCAAAAGGCGUUUAGAUGCGACACAGUCGCCUUCACAAGCCACCGCCGCAUCAGUGACUCCAAAGCCAACAUCGAUCACAGCCGACGAUGGAAGCGCCGCCGCCAACCAGCCGGCGGCAAAGCGGGUGAAGCGGGAGGAGACCGUCGGAGAGAAAAAGACCAAGCUACGGCAGAACUCGCGGGCAAAGUUGCGCAUGUUCCCUUUGUUUCCAUUCGAUGUUAUACUCGAGAUCUUCAGCCACCUAGUGCCCCUGGAUCUCCUUCAUCUGAGCCGGACCACCAAAGAUCUUCGCGCGAUUAUUAUGCACCGUUCAUCUGCAGCGGUGUGGAGGUCUGCAAUGGCCAGCGUGCGCGGAAUGCCUUUGUGUCCUGAAGAUGUGUCGAUACCCUCUUGGGCCCAUUUAGUAUUUGACACAUAUUGCCAGAAUUGCUUGGCUCCAAAUGUCAGAUACGUUAAUUUCGAGUUACGCGUGCGGAUUUGUACAAAAUGCUCCAAGCUUUUCUCAGCUGGCGAAUUGGACCUCGCAAAAGAUGAAUUCCACAAGAUCUUGCACGGGGUGCUUAUGUUCAGCACAUGGAACUCAAGGGAAGAUAUGACCUGUACGGUCAAGGAAAAGGAAGAGUUUAUAGAAAAGUACAAUACCAUGCCUCAGCACGAACGUCAUCAACUUAUUGAAACGAAGAGAGCUGCUAAAAGAUGUCACAAAAAGCUGGCUUGUCAAUGGAACGACUGGUUCGAGGAGCGUACAGAAAGUCGCCUAGCCAAAAUUUUCUCUAUACGGCUUUACAGGUCUAAUGUCAUUCGCAAGAAGUUACGGGAGCUUGGUUACAGCUCUGAACUGUUCUUUCUCGACCAAUUGAGCAUUGGAAUCUGUGCUAUCAGACCGUUACCGGAUCAUGAACCUCUUGAUGACCUUCCCGACGUCAGAAAACCUCAGCCUUUGACGGAGAAAGGCUGGGAGAGAAUCAAGCCCAGGCUUAUCAAACACAUGGAAAAAACGAGAGUGCUCGUCAACAGUAACAAUCAAUUACGGUUGGUCCAGAAACGUGAGGCGCUCCUCCAUAACGCUUAUGUCUGUUGGCGCCGUACACCGGACGUUCUGGCAGCGUAUCCUCCGGAUAUGUUUCUGCCUGGCGUCGCUGAUAUUCUCGCUUCUCCUCCCUUCUGUGAGUUUAUUCAGAAUGGACGGCAGACGCAGGAAGAGGACUUUGAUCACGAACGUGCUACGGAUCUCAUCAAAGCUCAUUAUCCCCUGCUGAUGACAAAGUGGAGGAAGGAAAAAGUGGGGAAGCUGUUUGAAGAUCUGAUAUCUUCUCGCUCCUUCGUGUGCGACUUUCUCGCCGAGUAUAUCACUCUUCCGUACAUUUCCAUGGAGCGGAAAUUGCACUAUCUGGAACGAGCGAUAUGUGUCUUCCGGUGCAACGACUUUUCAGUUCAUUACGCUUACAACACCAAACGGUUCAAGGACGACGGGAUCUGGGACGAAGGUUCGCCAAGGCACCUCUGGGAUGUUAACGAAGACCACGAGCCCUGUCUCUGGUACCCCCAUUUUUUAUUCCAUCCAUGUACAACAAUGGCCCAUGACGACUGGUAUGACCGCGAAAAACCGGCACUCUCCAUGGAAAACGAGUACAAAAGGAAUAUGGUAAGGGUCCCCUGGGAUAGCGACAAACUCAAGUUUGACGAGACGGCAUCGAAAAUUGUCAGGCAGCUUCUGAAAACUGCUGGCUUACCGAUCACGACGACCACUGAGGAAAUGGAUGAUCUUGACCACCGAUUUGUGUGCUUGAAAUGCACAUUCGGUGCUAAAUGCAAUGGCUCGCGUGUAGUCCGAGUUUGGUCGUGGCGAGACGCGGUGCAACACUCCAUGAAAGCCCAUUUCGGCAGUUCUAUUGUGACGUGGGAGUGCCUAUCCCCUGAAGAUGCCCAAAUCGCUAGAAAGUUACAAAUUGCCGAAGGAAAUAAGCGUGGAUAUCUGGACUAUCCCGCGAACCGAUCCUCCAAACGCUGGAGAUGUAUGUGCUGUCGUGAUACCCCCUCUGAUGUUGGCAGAAUGAGGUUGUCGAGAAUGAAGAAUCAUUUUCUGUCUAACCCAUUCGACCAUCCCGAAUUCGAACUUGAUAGAGAAGAUGAAUUGUAUUAUGAGGCGCUUGAUUACUGUCCUCGUAAGCUUCCGCCUGUCAGAAUGGCUCCAGCAGCACAGACGCCAUGA